AUGGGACAUGUCUCAUUUCAGCCGCUCCCAAACGGAGCGAAUGCCAACCAACGGUCCGUCGCAUCGAUGUUAAUGCAGACUCAUCCACGCGGCGAUAUGAUCAUUGCCGGGGAAGACGCAGGUGAAAUGCAUCAGGGCAUGAUCCUGAACCCUCUCAGCCUCAAGUCAAGUCCGAUCACGAUGGAGGCCGCGAAACUUGCCACGACUGGGGAGCCUCGCUUACAGCAAUGCUACUCAAAAGCACGCCAUUUCUGCAAGUUGCGGGAGGAUGGGCAGUCAGUCUACCCCAAGGAACCGACUGGGACCCGAAGUAUAUCAUAUCUGAUAAUCAGCGCUUCUGGCGGACACCGGAUCAGAACGGUGCACGCAGUCAAAUGA